AUGUGUCACGGAGUGAAGCUGGCCCUGCAGAGGCCUCUGUGGACUGUCGUCUUUACGGGGGGCCCUGGUGGUCAGAUGGUCACUCUUGGGCUGCUGGACACCUCACCGUUCCUGCUGUUUGCCAACCGCCGGGAUGUGCGGCUAGUGGACGCCGGCGGUGUCAAGCUGGAGUCCAGCAUCGUGGUCAGCGGGCUGGAGGACGCGGCCGCCGUGGACUUCCAGUUCUCCAAGGGCACCGUGUACUGGACGGACGUGAGUGACGAGGCGAUCAAGAAGACCUUGCUGAACCACACGGGGGCCGCCAUGCAGACCGUGGUCAUCUCAGGCCUGGUCUCGCCUGACGGCCUGGCCUGCGACUGGGUGGGGAAGAAGCUUUAUUGGACGGACUCAGAGGCCAACCGUGUCGAGGUGGCCGACCUCAAUGGGACGUCCCGCAAGGUGCUCUUUUGGCAGGAUCUGGACCAGCCCCGGGCCAUCGCCCUGGACCCCGCCCAUGGGUACAUGUACUGGACAGACUGGGGCGAAAUGCCCCGGAUUGAGCGGGCAGGCAUGGACGGCAGUACCCGGAGAGUCAUUGUGGACUCUGACAUUUACUGGCCCAACGGGCUGACCAUCGACCUGGAUGAGCACAAGCUGUACUGGGCCGAUGCCAAGCUGAGCUUCAUCCACCGGGCCAACCUCGAUGGCUCCUUCCGGCAGAAGGUGGUGGAGGGCAGCCUGACGCACCCCUUUGCGCUGACGCUCUCUGGGGACACGCUGUUCUGGACGGACUGGCAGACCCGCUCCAUCCACUCCUGCAACAAGAAGACAGGCGAGAAGCGCCGGGAGAUCCUGAACUCCCUCUACUCACCCAUGGACAUCCAGGUGCUCAGCUCGGAGCGCCAGCCCCACUACCACACGCCAUGUGAGGAGGACAAUGGGGGCUGCUCCCACCUCUGUCUGCUGUCCCCCCUGGAGCCUUUCUACACGUGCGCCUGCCCCACCGGGGUGCAGCUCCAGGACAACGGCAAGGCAUGCAAGGCAGGUGUGGCGGUGAGCCGGGGGCUGCAGAGAAGGGACGCCGUGUGCCAGAGCCGCCCUGGAACCUGCCGGGCAGGGCAGUGCUGUGGAGGGGUAGAUGGUGUGGAGAUUUGGUGGAACCGGGUUGCGUUUCAGGACUUGGAAACUGUCCUAUGUCUUUGCAAUGCGGUGCUGGACCCGGCCAGGAAGCAGGCACCCAGUACAGGAGACCAGCCUUUAUUCGAGAGCUCGGCUUGCCUCAUGUACUGGACAGACUGGGGCGAGAACCCCAAAAUCGAGUGCGCCCACCUGGAUGGGCAGGAGCGGCGUGUCCUGGUGAAUACCUCCCUGGGGUGGCCCAAUGGCCUGGCCCUGGACCUGCAGGAGGGGAGGCUGUACUGGGGGGACGCCAAGACAGACAAGAUCGAGGUGGUCAACAUGGAUGGGACAAAGAGGCGGACGCUGCUGGAGGACAAGCUCCCGCACGUCUUCGGGUUCACCCUGCUGGGAGACUUCAUCUACUGGACUGACUGGCAGAGGCGGAGCAUCGAGCGGGUGCACAAGGUCAAGGCCAGCCGCGACGUCAUCGUCGACCAGCUGCCCGACCUCAUGGGGCUCAAGGCCGUGAGCGUGGCGAAGGUCAUCGGAACCAACCCGUGUGCGGACAGGAACGGGGGCUGCAGCCACCUGUGCUUCUUCACGCCGCGGGCCACCAAGUGCGGCUGCCCCAUCGGCCUGGAGCUGCUGGGCGACAUGAAGACCUGCAUCGUGCCCGAGGCCUUCCUGGUCUUCACCAGCCGGGCGGCCAUCCACCGCAUCUCCCUGGAGACCACCAACAACGACGUGGCCAUCCCGCUCACCGGCGUCAAGGAGGCCUCCGCGCUGGACUUCGACGUGGCCAGCAACCACAUCUACUGGACAGACGUCAGCCUGAAGACCAUCAGCCGAGCGUUCAUGAACGGGAGCUCCGUGGAGCAUGUGAUCGAGUUCGGCCUCGACUACCCGGAGGGCAUGGCCGUCGACUGGAUGGGCAAGAACCUGUACUGGGCGGACACUGGGACCAACCGCAUUGAAGUGGCCCGGCUGGACGGGCAGUUCCGGCAGGUGCUGGUCUGGAGGGACCUGGACAACCCCAGGUCCCUGGCCUUGGAUCCCACCCAAGGNUACCUCUACUGGACCGAGUGGGGCGGCAAGCCCAGGAUUGUGCGGGCCUUCAUGGACGGCACCAGCUGCAUGACGCUGGUGGACAAGGUCGGCCGUGCCAACGACCUGACCAUCGACUACGCCGACCAGCGCCUCUACUGGACCGACCUGGACACAAACAUGAUCGAGGCUUCCGACAUGCUGGGUCAGGAGCGCGUGGUGAUCGCCGACGACCUCCCCCACCCCUUCGGCCUGACCCAGUACAGCGACUACAUCUACUGGACGGACUGGAACCUGCACAGCAUCGAGCGGGCCGACAAGACCAGCGGACGGAACCGCACGCUCAUCCAGGGCCACCUGGACUUCGUGAUGGACAUCCUGGUCUUCCACUCCUCGCGCCAGAACGGGCUCAAUGGCUGCACGCAGAGCAACGGGCAGUGCGGGCAGCUCUGCCUCGCCGUCCCCGGCGGACACCGCUGCGGCUGCACCUCGCACUACACCCUGGACCCUAGUGGCCGCAACUGCAGCCCACCCACAGCUUUCUUACUGUUCAGCCAAAAAUGCGCCAUCAGCCGGGUGAUCCCCGAUGACCCUCACAGCCCCGACCUCAUCCUGCCCCUGCACGGGCUGAGGAACGUCAAGGCCGUCGACUACGACCCGCUGGACAAGUUCCUGUACUGGGUGGACGGGCGGCAGAAUAUCAAGCGAGCCAAGGACGACGGGACCCAGCCUUCCAUUCUGACGGCUUCCGGCCAGGGCCAGAACCCAGACCGGCAACCCCACGACCUCAGCAUCGAUGCCUACAGCCGCACGCUGUUCUGGACGUGUGAGGCCAGCAACACCAUCAACGUCCACCGGCUGAGCGGGGAGGCCAUGGGCGUGGUGCUCCGAGGGGACCGGGACAGGCCCAGGGCCAUCGUCGUCAACUCAGAGCGGGGGUACCUGUACUUCACCAACCUGCAGGAGCACACGGCCAAGAUCGAGCGCGCCGCCCUGGACGGCACGGAGCGCGAGGUGCUCUUCACCACCGGCCUCAUCCGGCCCGUGGCCCUCGUGGUGGACAACGCACUGGGCAAGCUCUUCUGGGUGGACGCUGACCUGAAACGCAUUGAGAGCUGUGACUUGUCAGGCGCCAACCGCCUGACCUUGGCCGACGCCCACAUCGUGCAGCCUGUGGGGCUGGCCGUGCUUGGAGGCCAUCUCUACUGGGCCGACCGGCAGCAGCAGAUGAUCGAGCGCGUGGACAAGACCAGUGGCGAGCAGCGGACCCGCGUGCAGGCAGCCCACCCAUGUGCCCGGGACAAUGGUGGCUGCUCACACAUCUGCAUCGCCAAGGGCGACGGCACCCCGCGCUGCUCGUGUCCUGUCCACCUAGUGCUCCUGCAGAACCUCCUCACCUGUGGCGAGCCCCCCACCUGCUCCCCUGACCAGUUUGCUUGUGCCACCGGUGAGAUCGAUUGCAUCCCUGCGGCCUGGCGCUGCGACGGCUUCCCGGAGUGCGAGGACCAGAGCGACGAGGAAGGCUGCCCCGUCUGCUCAGCCGCCCAGUUCCCCUGCGAGCGCGGCCAGUGCGUGGACCUGCGUCUGCGCUGCGAUGGCGAGGCCGAUUGCCAGGACCGCUCAGACGAGGCCGACUGCGACGCCAUCUGCCUACCUAGCCAGUUCCGGUGUGCCAGCGGCCAGUGUGUGCUGAUCAAGCAGCAGUGUGACAACUUCCCCGACUGCAUGGAUGGCUCCGAUGAGCUCCUGUGUGAAAUCAACAGGCCGCCCGGGGACGACAUCCCGGCCCACAGCAGCGCCAUCGGGCCCGUCAUUGGCAUCGUCCUUUCGCUCUUUGUCAUGGGCGGCGUCUAUUUCGUGUGCCAGCGUGUGGUGUGCCAACGCUACGCGGGGGCCAACGGGCCCUUCCCGCACGAGUACGUCAGCGGGGCCCCCCACGUGCCCCUCAACUUCAUAGCCCCCGGGGGCGCUCAGCACGGCCCCUUCACAGCCAUCUCCUGCAGCAAGUCCAUGAUGAGCUCCGUAAGCCUAAUGGGGGGCCGGGCCGGGGUCCCCCUCUACGACCGGAACCACGUUACCGGGGCCUCGUCCAGCAGCUCGUCCAGCACCAAGGCCACGCUCUACCCACCUAUCCUAAACCCACCGCCAUCCCCUGCCACGGACCCCUCCUUAUACAACGUGGACAUGUUCUACUCCUCCAACAUUCCUGCCUCUGCCAGACCAUACAGGCCGUACAUCAUCCGAGGCGUGGCGCCCCCAACCACACCCUGCAGCACCGACGUGUGUGACAGCGACUACAGCGCCAGCCGCUGGAAGGCCGGCAAAUACUACCUGGACCUGAACUCGGACUCUGACCCCUACCCGCCCCCGCCCACGCCCCACAGCCAGUACCUGUCUGCAGAAGACAGCUGCCCGCCGUCACCCGCCACAGAGAGGAGCUACUUCCACCUGUUCCCGCCCCCUCCCUCCCCCUGCACAGACUCCUCCUGACCUCAGCCAGCCGCCCUCUGCGCCUCGCCCCUGUACAUAGUUUUAAAUAUGAACAAAGAAGAAAAUAUAUAUUUUAUGACUUCAGAAAUAAAUAUAGUUGGGGGUUCAAACAGAACAGACAAACAAAACAAGCAGCAAGAAAUGUGAACUGUGACGGGGUGGGCGGGGCGGGGAGAA